AUGCUGGCAACCGCUGCCCUUCUUUUCGCCGCUGCCCUCGGGGUCAGCGGCCACUACACCUUCCCCAGGGCCGGAGGCGGAUCUGACUGGCAGUAUGUUCGCAGGGCCGACAACUGGCAAAACAACGGCUUCGUCGGCGACGUCAACUCGCAGCAGAUCCGGUGCUUCCAGUCCAGCCAUGCUCCGGCCCAGGGCGUCUACAACGUCUCGGCUGGUUCCUCCGUGACCUACUACGCAGCCCCCAACGUCUAUCACCCCGGCCCCAUGCAGUUCUACAUGGCGCGGGUGCCCGACGGCCAGGACAUCAAUUCGUGGAGGGGCGACGGCGCCGUGUGGUUCAAGGUGUACCAUGAGCAGCCCAACUUUGGCUCCCAGCUUACAUGGCCCAACAACGGCAAGAGCUCCUUCCAGGUCCCCAUUCCGAGGUGCAUCCGGUCCGGCUACUACCUCCUCCGCGCUGAGCACAUUGGCCUGCACGUUGCCCAGAGCUCCGGCGGCGCUCAGUUCUACAUCUCGUGCGCUCAGAUUGGCGUUACUGGCGGCGGCAGCACCGAUCCCCCCAACAAGGUGGCCUUCCCUGGCGCUUACAGGGCCUCGGACCCGGGCAUCCUGAUCAACAUCAACUGGCCUGUUCCCACGUCGUACCAGAACCCUGGCCCCCCGGUCUUCAGCUGCUAG